AUGAAGUCUCAUCGAAACUCUUCAUUUCAGUGCAUGUUGAUUCGCCGUCGCAAUUCGGUAAACCGGCUCAUCAAUCCACAUGACCGUGUGUGCGAAUAUUCACUCUUUUUUGUUUUUUCAAACAAGUCAAAUACGCAACAGCUACGUAUCAAGCUAGUCGAGAACAUCUUACACAAUAUGUUUAAAACUUCGAGACACUGUACCUUGCUAUCUUUGAGACAAUUCAAUAACCAAAGUGUAAUCUUCAGAGAUGCACAUCACAGUUGCAAAAUAUUGGUGGUUGGCGGAGGGACUGCUGGCUGCACAAUGGCUGCAAAAUUUAGCAACAAAUUCAAGGGCUCAAAAGAUAGAGUCGUUAUCGUCGAACCUAGUGAGAGACAUUAUUAUCAGCCUAUGUUUACCUUGAUUGGAGGAGGAGUCAGGUCUCUAGAAUCGUCUUACAAGAGCAUGGAAAAAGUUUUACCGAAAGAUGCACAGUGGAUAAAAGAUCGGGUAACCAAGUUUGAACCAGAAUCUAACACGGUUACUGUUGCGAGUGGAGAUUCUAUCCGAUAUGAAUACCUGAUAGUUGCUUUAGGUCUUCAACUCUAUUGGAACAAGAUUCCAGGCCUCUCAGAAGCCUUGGAGGAUCCCAAGGUUCCAGUUUGUUCAAUAUACGGACCGGAAACUGUUGGAAACGUGUUUAAAACAAUAGAAAAUACAAAAAGUGGCUCAGCAUAUUUCACUUUUCCAAAUUCUCCAGUGAAAUGUCCAGGAGCACCGCAGAAAAUAGCUUAUCUCGCCGAAGAUUAUUGGCACAAAAAAAGAAAGCUCCAAGACAUUCAGGUCACAUACAACACGGCGUUGCCAGUUAUUUUUGGUGUUAAAAAGUACGCCGACGCUCUAUGGAAGGUCUGCCAGAGCAAAAAUAUAUCGGUCAAUCUACAGACUAAUUUAAUUGAAAUAAGAUCUUCCAAAAAUGAGGCGGUAUUUCAGAAUUUACAAAACCCGGAAGAACUGAAUACUGUGAAAUAUUCCAUGCUGCAUGUUACACCACCAAUGGGACCCCCUGAACUCUUGAAGAAUCACCCUGCACUGACUAACGAGGCUGGAUUUUUGAGUGUUGACCCUCAAACCCUAAGGCAUGAUAAAUACUCGAACAUAUAUGGUCUUGGCGAUUGUACGAAUACUCCGAAUUCAAAAACUAUGGCGGCAAUUGCGGCGCAAUCAAAGGUCGUUUACGAAAAUCUGUCGGCAGAUUUGGGUGGAAACGUGUCGAAAGAAACGUACAACGGCUAUGCUUCUUGCCCUCUUGUUACUGGCUAUGGAAAGUGUAUUUUAGCUGAAUUCGAUUACAAACUCCAGCCCACCGAAACUUUUCCUAUCAAUCAAGGCAAAGAAUAUUUUGCUAUGUAUUUAUUGAAGAAAGAUUUCUUCCCUUAUCUCUAUUGGAAUUGGAUGCUAAAGGGACACUGGAAUGGUCCUGCUAUAUUUCGGAAGUAUCUUAACUUCUUUUCGAGAAAAGAAGUUGCACCGACAUCAAAGACACAGUGAAUUGAAUUUAAUGGUCACAGAUGUGAUUGAUACCUGUUACUGUCCAAAAUGUACAUAUGUAUUAUUUGUUAUUUAAUAUCGUACCCAUGUUAUAUGUAAACAAUGUAAAUACUCGCGGUAUCU